UGUGUGUGUGUGUGUGUAUUGGACUUGCCUGUGAGCAUAUUCCCCAUUUAACGCACUCGCGCCACCCUCAUGAUGUCUUUUUCUGACAAUUUCGCCAGAGGUAUGUGCGCGGAUGAACUGCUGGAAGUACAAUUUUUUACAGGCUCUGGUAGUGCUGCUCUUCUUUCCCAAAGAGAAGGAUUACUGUCAUGCUGCUGGGUCGUUUCCCUCUAAUGGUCCCCAGCAUCUCUCUUCUACUGGCCUGACCUCUGAAGAUUCUCUCCUCGGAGACAUUUUGGAGCAAAGCUAUUACAGUAUUAGUAGAUAAUGGAAUGAAAAUCUGCACUACCUGCAGAUAUGCCUUAUCCUACCACUAAUGGGUGGAAAAUUUAAAAAGUUGCCAAGUGUCAGACAAGAAGGAUGAGGUGAGGCCAUAGAACGCCAUGGAAGUUACGAGCAAAGCUCCAGAGGUCAUCUGGAUUUGAGAGAGAUAAUUGGCGUCCCACUCCCUCCUUCUGUCUCCUUCAUUCCUGGCUUUGAGGGCUUUCCAGCGUACAACUUUGGGCCUGACGCCAACAUAGGCCGCCUCACCAAGACCUUUGUGCCAGGCUCAUUUUUCAUCGACUUUGCCAUUAUUGUCACGAUCCGCCCAGCUAGCCAGAGAGGAGGCAUGCUCUUCGCCAUCACAGAUGCCCGUCAAAAGGUGGUGGAGUUGGGCUUGGCCCUCACUCCGGUCCAUGGCGGUUUCCAGAAUAUCUUAUUAUACUACACUGACAGCGAGAAGGCAUCCCAUAGCCAGAAAGCUGCUGCCUUCAGUGUUCCAGAGAUGACAGACCAGUGGACACGCUUCACUGAUGUGGGAGGAAACCGAAGUGCCCGGAGGAAACCCAGGCAGGCACGAGGAGAACAUGCAAACUCCACACAGGUUGUGGUGGAACACAAUGAGGUGCGGCUCUACAUGGAUUGCGGCGAAGCCGAGAGGACGACUUUCCACCGGAGGCCAGAAAGGCUCACUUUCUCACACAAUUCUGGCAUUUUUGUUGCGAAUGCAGGAAGCACAGGCCUGGAGAAGUUUGUGGGGACCAUUCAACAGCUGGUUAUCAAAGAUGAUCCCAGGGCAGCUGAGGAGCAGUGUGAAGACGACGAUCCCGACGCUUCCGGAUAUGCUAGUGGUGGUGAUGGUCUGGACGACAGAGAAACAGAAGAAGAAAAGAGCAAGAAAAUAGAAGGAAGGAAACAUGGGGCGACACAGGAAAAUUCUGUUCCAAUUAAAAAGCCACCCACAGAGGCACCAAAGUUGGAGAGUGACAGACAUUCAAGUCACCAGACUGCGAUGGAAGAAGUCUUGCUGAGAGGGCCUCAGCAGACGGAUGGGCCAGGGGACGCAUCGGAAAAUGCUGUUGUCAAGCACACUUUAAAAGGAGAGCCAGGGGAUCCUGGACCACCAGGCUCACCAGGCUCCCCAGGGCCCACUCUUCUACCGAACCAAACUCACCCUGGGCCAAGAGGUCCACAAGGACCACCAGGAAUCCCUGGGAAGCCAGGGAGAGAUGGACAGCAGGGAAUGAAGGGGGAUAUCGGUGAUCCAGGUCAGAGAGGACCUCAAGGAUUUCCAGGUUUGGAUGGAGAUCCUGGACUCAAAGGAGAUAAGGGAGAUCCUGGAGUUGGUUUGCCCGGCCCACAGGGCCUUCCUGGGCCCCCUGGACCACCCAGAUCACACAGUGUAUCUUAUGGAGAAGAUGCCCUCGGGUCUGGCUUUGUGGACUUGGACACUGAUACUGAGCUCAUUAGGGGUCCUCCUGGACCACCUGGGCCACCAGGACCACCCGGUCCCCCUGGGACUAACCCUUCAUCAUCUGACAUUGUUAAGGGGCACACUUACACAUAUGCUGGACCACAUGGUGCCCCUGGUAAAGAUGGACUCCAAGGUCAACCAGGAAUCCCAGGUCUAGCAGGAAAAGAUGGGGCCCCGGGACUCCCUGGAGCUGUGGGAGAAAAGGGUGACAGAGGUUUACCUGGGUCACCUGGACCAAAGGGUGAAUGUGGAUCUACAGGCAAUGCAGGGUCUCAGGGACCUCAAGGCCCUAGUGGUCCACCAGGAAAAAGAGGCCCACCGGGUCCACCAGGACCCCCUGGUCCCCCCAGUCCUGCAGGAACCAAAUUCUUUGUUGAGUAUAUGGAGGGAUCUGGCAAGAGUGACGUGCUCAGUGGCACGAGAGUCCCAGGCCCACCGGGUGCACCUGGUCUUCCUGGUCCAGAAGGCCCCAAGGGUGAUGAUGGAGCCCCAGGUCCACCGGGGCUCUCCAUCAAGGGUGAAAGAGGUGACCCAGGAACAGUCGGUUUGCAGGGCCCCGCUGGACGACCGGGUCCCAGGGGGGUGAAAGGAGAAAAGGGUAGACCAGGAGAAAAGGGUGAUCGUGGUGCUGAUGGUCUUCACAUCGCAGGACCACCUGGGCCUCCCGGACCUCCUGGACCCGUCAUUAAUCUCACAGAUUUGCUCCUCAAUGUCACAGAGAAUAUAUUCAAUUUCACAGAGAUCAGAGGACCACCAGGGCCCAUGGGACCCGAGGGCUUGCCUGGUAAAGCUGGAUUUCCUGGCCCCAGAGGACCAAAAGGAGAUGUGGGCCCUCCAGGAAUCCAGGGUCCAUCAGGGCUCAAGGGAGCAAAGGGAGAGCCAGGUGUGACUAUUGCUGCAGAUGGAUCACAUUUAGCUGCACCAAGAGGCCCCCAUGGGCCCAGAGGCGUCAAGGGUGCUCGUGGAUUGCCUGGACCUGCAGGACCCAUUGGCCCGCACGGACCCCCUGGACAAAAAGGAGAAUAUGGAUUCCCUGGACGUUCUGGACGACCUGGAAUGCCUGGUAGGAAAGGGGAAAGAGGAGAUUCUGUUGGCCGACCAGGACCACCUGGUCCACCUGGUCCUCCAGGAAGAAUUCUUGGAUUGAAUGUAGAUUCAAAUAAUGGGGUCAAUAUUGUUAAAGCUAAAGGAGAAAAGGGAGAGGUUGGAAUACCUGGAGAGCCAGGGACACCUGCCCCUGGGUUUCCAAAUAGAAUUGUGGGUGCCAAAGGUGAGCAGGGAUCCAAAGGUCAGAAAGGAGAAAAGGGUGUCUCAGGUGCUCCUGGUCCUCCAGGAUUACCAGGACGGGCAGGACCUGUGGGUCCUAAAGGCGAUUCAGUCAUUGGCCCUCCAGGGUCUCCCGGUUCUCCGGGGCAACGUGGAUCACCUGGGUUUGGGCGUCCAGGUCCCAGAGGGCCACCUGGCCCUGCGGGACCCCCGGGGCCACUUCCUGCUUUUGGAGCAGGUGUCAGUGUCCCAGGCCCUCCCGGUCCUCCUGGCCCUCCAGGAAUUUCAAACCUGGUGACCACCUACAAGACAAUUCCUGCUCUGACCGAAGAGACCCACCGCGCUCCUGAAGGGACGCUGGCGUAUGUGUCUGAGAGCGGCGGAGAGCUUUAUAUCAGAUCCCUCAGCGGAUGGCGCAAAGUUCAACUUGGAGAUUUGAUCCCAUCUGAACCGUUAUCCUCUUCAGCACCACAGGCCCACAUUAAAUCUGGAGAAUGGAGCCGACCACACAGGAGCCACAGCCAGGAGCUGCAUGAAGGCAUUAGGGCAUAUCAGCCCAGUUUUAACAAAUUGCCACAGACCUUCAGCGCUGUCGCUGGGCUCCAUCUAGUGGCUCUAAACACCCCAUUGAAAGGGGAUACGCGAGGGAUCCGUGGGGCUGACUUCCAGUGCUACCAGCAGGCGCGGGCCAUGGGGCUGACGACCACAUACAGGGCCUUCCUGUCCUCACACCUCCAAGAUCUGCCCACCAUUGUGAGGAAGGCAGACCGGGGUGGCAUGCCUGUAGUUAAUCUCAGGGGUCAGAUGCUGUUCAAGAACUGGCUGUCAAUCUUCUCUGGAAAUGGUGGCACAUUUGACCCCUCAAUCCCCAUUUACUCCUUCGAUGGACGCAAUGUAAUGACCGACUCGGGAUGGCCAGAUAAGCUGAUUUGGCAUGGUUCUAGCACUGUGGGAAUCCGCACAACGAUGAACUACUGCGAAGCAUGGAGGACUGCAGAUAUGGCAGUGACAGGUCAGGCUGCAUUGCUUCAGACAGGACGCCUGUUAGGACAGCAGACCCGCUCGUGCGCCAACAACUACAUCGUGCUGUGCGUAGAAAACACAUAUGUCGGAACCAACCAUCAACGGAGGACCUGAAGACAGCGCAGAAGCUGGCACGAUUCAAAUGUGUAGCGUAGAACAGGUUAAAUAGUAUGUUUGAACAGCAACAACAUUCUGGUCCUCAUCCACUAUUUUCACAUUUUAAUUGGCAUCCAGGCUGGAUUUGGCUACAACUACAUAGAUUGAAGGUUGCAUCCAAGUGUAGUUCAGAUUAUUUAUUCUUCACUUAUCUAGCUACAUCACAGAGAAAAUGAACAUCAAGUGUAUUAGUUGCAAAAGAAGCUUUUAGAGAUAACACAACAAAAAUGAAAAUGUUUCUAUUUGGGUUAUUGUCUUUACCCUUUAGUAGAGAAAAAAAUUAUUUUAUGCCUCUUUUCAUUACUAUUCCUGUUGCAUGAUAGAAGUGUGCAAGACAGUUUGACUGUUUUAAAAAAAUAAUAAUAAUAAAUUCAAACUACACUUGAAUAGAAAAUGUACAUGUAUAGACAUUGAGGGAAAAUCUAUUGUGAUUAGAGUAAAAAUUUACAUGAUGUAAAGAACACCCAUGCUUUGUAAGUGAAUACCACUAUACAAAAAUGUCAAUUGCAGAGAUAGAAUAUAAAUCGGACAUGCAUGGUAACAUGACAUGCCAAAGUUACAAACAUUGACAAAAAACUCAAGACUGUAAACUUUCACACAAAUGUUCCCCUACUUGAGGUUUUUUUACAUGACAAAUUGUUCCUAUAAAUCAAAUGUAUUACAGGAGGUUAAGUGUCCAUCAACAGAUCAACCUCAACAUGUCUACUUUUUGUUUUAGCUUUCACAUUAAGAUGCUGUUGGGAUUUGUAAUAAUUUAUACUGUACCAACAUAUACAAUGGAAAUUUAGUGUGAUCACUUAUACAUUUUGAUGAAAAAAAAUUAUAGAUAUGUGCGUUUAUCUUCCUGUAUGUGUACAUAUUUUUUUAAUACUCAGUAGUCAUUUUUGUUUGUGCACUAGGCGAUUGAUUCUUUUUCUCCUACUGAGUAGUAGUGGUGUACUUUAAGUAUCUCUGUACCAUGGUAGGCUCACACUAACAAAGAAAAUUUGCUACAUCUGAAAAUUUUGUCCAUCAUGCCUGAUUUUGCUGUUCAAACAAGACUUGAGCCUCUGAGGUCAUGAGAGCAUUUGUACUGACUGAUAGAUUGUCACUGAAUAAAUAUCUAAUUAUAGUUGUUGUUUAAUUUAUUAAACCUUCAUUUAACUAGGUAAGGCCAUUGAGAACAGAUUCUCAAUCACAAUAACUACCUGGCUGCAGACAGCAGGGUACAAUACAAAAUAGAAACAGACAUCUACUGUAGACCAAAUUCUACAAUGUGAUGGACACACUGUACAAAACAUAAAACUUACAAAAAACACAACGCAUACACACGAAAGACUGAUACACCAUAGCCACCUUCAUCAAAGGCUUAACUCUUAAUGUUUGAGAGGGAUUAAUCAAUCUCCUUUGACCAGUGGGAAGGCUCUGGGAUCAAAGAUUUUCUUUUCUCCAAGUAUGACUGUAAAAACUCGGAUUUUUUGUGUGUGACCAUCACUUUGAGUUAAAGAAGCAAAUAAUGGAACAGGACAAAAAAGCAUUUCUGCCAGCUGCUCAUCUCAGACAUACAAAGCAAUAGAGGUAAUGCAGAUGUCCAGGUUGACAGUUGUGGUAACCAUUAUUGGCACCCCUUUAUUUUUUGCAUAAUCUGUAUAUCUUCAGAAAUAAAUGGAAAUUUAAAAGAUAUAUAGUGUUGGGAUCUUUUUAUUGGAGGUACAAAGUAAAGACAUUUUUUUCAACUUAGAUUUUGUAAUUUCUGAGAAAAAAAAUAGCAUGUGCUGCAAUACUGGUACCCUUUUUUAAUAUUUGGCUAGACACCCUUUGGCAGUGAUGACAGUCUCCAAACUUCUCUUUUAUCAAUCUCUGUCUUUUAUUUCUCAGAUGGUAUUUUCACCCUCUGUUCCUUUACUCUUUGCUCAAACACUUGAACAUUUCCAGGGGAAUUU